AUGACUGCCUUGUGCACAAUCAGACAUUUAUGUCAAGCAACCAGAAAUGAGAGCAGAUAUGCAAAAAGGUUCUUUGGUACUCUUCUGCCACAGACACCACAAAAGCGGUUCUUUUCUCCAUUCUCGAUACUGGUACCUGACCCUAGAAAGUCAGCUGUGUUUGGACUUACUCAACCGUUUUGUACAGCUGAAAAAUCUCACAAGGAACCAAAAACGACAGCGGCAUUUGGAAGUGUUGGGCGAAGAAUUCCCUAUCGCAUUGUGCAUGUAAUCAACCAGGAUGGAGAGAGCUUGGGAAACAUGCACCGAGCAGAAGCUCUUAAACUUAUGGACGAACAUAAUCUGAAACUAGUUCUCCUUCGUGAGAAUGUAGAACCUCCAGUAUACAGACUAAUGACUGGGCAGCAGAUUCAUGAAGAACAGCUUAAACGUGCAGAGAAGAAAAAAGCAAGUCCAAAGCCAGGGGUGGUUCAGAAGGAGUUAUCCUUUUCUUCAGCUAUCGCCAAGAACGACUUAGAGAUCAAGACUAAACAGAUAGCACAGUGGAUUGAAAAGAAACACCAUGUUAAAAUUACCAUCCGGCAAGCAAAAGGUAGUGAUACAGACAUGUUCACACUUUUUGAUCAGAUUUUGGAGACUGUGUCUGAGAAAGCCACUUACCUUUCCAAGCCAAAAGUUACUAGAGAAGGAGUGAGUACGUGCAUUUUGAGACACAUGUCUGACAAAGAGUUGAAAGCACACCAGAAGCUGGAAAACCAGAAGAACAGUCCAGUGAAGAAAGAUGAAAAUGAAGAUCUGAAGUCAAAUGACUUGCAUCAGUGAUUUUAUGAAAAGGUGUAAACAAUAUUAAUUUAUUGAAAAAAAUAAAAUCAAAGUAUUAACUU